ACAUUGAGCAGGCAUUGGUUUUACCCUUAAAAAAUCUUGCAGAUUGAGGCGAUAUGGGACGAUACCGAAGCACCUUAUCGCAAAGUGGGACUGGUGUGCUGGAAGGAUUUUAAGACUUUACAGCUUAACAUGCCCCCAAUACAUCAGUCCCUAAUUACGACGCAGCUUAUGCCAAACACGGAGUGGCAAGUGGGAUACCUUAACGACGAGAUUAUUGACGAGUACAUCAAGCUGCUGGAAAAGUGGGCAAGCAAAAUGGGAAGGAAGAUAAUAACAGCUAAUACUAAAUUCUACCAAAUAGUAGUUCAAGGGAAAUCAUGGAGAAAAAAGGUUGACCUUAAAAAAUUCGACAAGCUUGUUUUCCCAAGCCAGUUUUCGCCAAAUCAUUGGAGCCUUGGGGUCGUGGACUUUCAGCACUCAACCAUCUCCAUAGUUGACCCCCUUGGUGGACAAAAGAGUAAUGCUCGACACUAUGAGAAUCUCAGAAAGUUCCUUUACGAAAGGGGAUUCCAGUAUGAAUGGCAAGUUAGCCACAUUGAUCACCCAACCCAACAUGAUGCCGUGAGUUGUGGCGUAUACGUACUGAAGAUCGCCGAAUGUAUCAUAUUGAAGUCUGGAGCUCACAUGGAAUUUUCUAGGGACGAAAUCGAUGAUUAUCGCUACACAGUUGCCGAGCGACUCAUGGAGGGCAAAUAAAUCGUUAUCUGCAGAGUGAGCCUGGUCCAAGGGGGUUUCUCGUGUUAUGUUUUUUCCCCUCGAUAGAACAAAAACCCUACGAGAAACCUGCGGAACCAAGUUAAAAUAACAUACACAUGUCUCUGCGGCAUUAUUAYCACCUACUGUACUACACAGAUUGUACAAACAAGUCUGUUUACCGCUCCUUUUACCGACUGACAGUCAACAAGACCGAAUGUAACUAGAUAUGAUAUGUAACUGCUGUGUAUCAAAUGAAUYUUAUCUGAAUGAGUCAUACAGUUCUGUAUUCUUGGCGGCAGUUUUACGCGGGUUGGUUUACUUUGGUCAGUACUACGUCUAUUUUUAAUGUUAGAGAUGUGUGCUUAUAUUUUCAAMCAGUGUGAAUCUUGAAUAUAAGCGAUGUUUAUUCAUGAAGCACAAA